AUGCGCCACGCAUCCCCAAGACUGAUCGCCCUCUCCCUGUGCGCCGCAAUCCUCCUUGCAAGCGUCCUGCCAACAUCAGCUCAGUUCUUUCAGCAAUUCUUCACUGGCGGAGGUGAUGGGCAGGUCAGAGAACAAGAAGCUCCACCUGUGAGUGUGCAAAGGCAGCCCGUGGCUUGGCUUUGAGCCUCACUUUCGAUAUCUUCAUCUCUGACCGCAGACUGGCGAUGCGAAUUGGUUCGAAGCACGGGUAGAAGCGGGUAAGUCUCUGCGCAAUGCUCGAGCCCGCCCUGCGCUGCGCUGCGCUUCAUUGAUCUGACAAGACAAGCUUCCCUGCUCGCUCGCACGCCUUCGACAUGCUCAGCCACCUGCACAUCCUUCCUCUGCCCUCGCACCCUUUCCUGCGUUCCCUCGCCCUCCCACUGUCCAUGCCCCUUCCCACAACAAGUGAGUCCCGCCCCAAAGCGCGCUGUCUAAAACCCAGCAGCCUCGCCGCCUCUUGCACUGAGCCACCACAACUACGCUGCGCGAUCGAUAGAUUCGCUGCCCUUAUCCAGACGCGGAGAGCGGCAAGAUGGACUCUGGCGGACACUUUUGCGUACAGGCUUCUUCAUGCGAUAGGAUACGCGAUAUGCGCAGGCUGGGCGCGGGAUUCAAGCUCUCUGAUCUGUCUUAGCUGCGCGCAGUGCAAUCGCAGUCCAAGCCAAUUGUCAUGAAUGCGAUAAGCGAUGAGCGAUAAGGCUCUGGCGUUGAAGCGAUGCGAGCGAUGCUGCCUCGAGCACCUUGGAAGCCCCUUCUUGUCGAAGGUGCAUGCAUGGUCGACGUUGGGCAGUCGUGAGUUUGAUGAGUGAAAAGUCAAGUCAGAGUGAUGUGAGUUGUGAGUCUCGAGUGAUGCGCGCCUCCACCCUGCAACCGCGCCGUCCGUGGCACGCGUCACGUGAAAGCAGUCUGACAGAACGACCCUGAGCUUAACCUCGAUCAGCCCACAGCAAAGCGCUAUCCAGCAAUUGAAUCCAUCCGCCUUGACACAUUCGCAUCCUUUCUUCUCUUCAGUCUUGAGUCCAAUGUCCAGCAUCCAGCUGAGAUCACAGCAGCUAUGGGCCCGCCUCGUCGUCAUCGUGGAGGGGCCAGCAAGACAAAGGCGGGCACUCCAAGAAGUUCUCAUCAGCAAGCGCCUGCAGUCGCUUCUUCCUCUCUCUCCCCUCUCUCCUCAUCUCCUCUCCAGACAGGCAACGAGCUAUUUGCGCUGCGUGGACACGGCACUCCGCUCUUGACGCUCGUCUUCCAAGAUGCGAGUCAUCAACGCGCUGCAUUGGCUCGCAUGGAAGCGUUUUACGAAGGGGCUGGCGCACCGAAAGGCGUGUAUCUGGAUCUUGAGGAGGCGAGCAAUGCGCGCUUAUGUCGCAACUACCAAGCAUUCAACUUGCCACUCGACUCUGUGCGACAGUGGCUGGCAGCAAUGAGGCGACACCACGGCGAAUGCGAAGCUCAGCAUGCUGACCCUUCAGAGACAUCCGAAGGCGCUUCUUCAAGCACAAGUGAAAUGUCAUGGUGGGAAUCGCACUGCAAUCCCACAGAAUGUGCCGUCCUGCGACAAUUGCACUCCCUCGAAGCGCUGGCGGAGCAGAGCAACAGCCCUUUUCGCUACCUCGUCAGCGUCCUGCAGCAAUUCGCCGCCUCUUCGCUAACUCACGAACAGAACCACGCCCUCUUUCACCUGGUGCCUUCAUUCGCAUCGGCAGCUCAACGCGCAUGGGAUGACUUGCCCCGCAAAGCCAAAUCUAUCAUCCAGCACGAUCUCCAGCUCAGAGGUUAUGCGGAGAGCGUAUGGGUGGAUGAAUUCCAAGCGUAUGUGGCUGAAGAUCCCAGCGAAUUCGGUAACGUCGCUGCAGAAGCCUGCGCAGAGGCCAGGGACAGGUUGCAGCAAGAGAGAAAGCAAGGAUGGCAAGCGCUCGGACUCGGUUCAUGA